AUGGAUGCAAUUGCAUCACUGAUGGGGUGCAAACAUGUAUUUGCAACUACAUAUCAUCCUCAGACUAAUGGACAAGUGGAACGCUUCAAUGCGACGUUUUAUGCACAAUUAGCAAAAUUACACGAUGAAAAUGUUAAUCAUUGGGAUGAAUAUUUGCCAGCAUGCAUAUUCGCAUACAACAGCGGACAACAUGGUACAACUGGCUAUUCACCUUUUCAACUGAUGUUCGCUCGUGAACCAGUUUUACCUUUUGAUCAACCAACAUCAGGUAUUACACUCGCAAAACCAAGCGACUAUUGGGCUCAAAUAACUCAGUUGAUGAAGAUUUACAAGAAAUGCGUUAAGAGCAACAUCACUAGCCAACAACAAUUGUCAAAACAACGCUAUGACAAACAACGAGCUGACCCAACCUAUCAUCCAGGUGAUUUGGUAUUUAUUAAACAGUUGGGUAAACAUCCGAAAUUUAGCGAAUUAUAUUCAGGGCCGUACAAAGUUAUACAAAAAGAACAUCCUCUUACAUACUUAGUGGAAGAUCAAAAAUCGCUAAUUCAACAACAGGUUCACGUUAGCAGAAUGGAACCUGUAUAUGAAAGAACAAUUUAA